AUGUUCGCCAUCCAAGCAUCUCAAAAACAAUCAUCGGCAGCCGAUAAUGAGAAGUGGAUGGAGAAUUGCAUCCCUAAUAUUCUUCCCUGCAGAAUCCACCAUGAUGGGUUCGUCGAGUCGCUAGAGCAUUACUGGAAUCCCGUAUCCGAUGAGAAAGGAAUAGUUGUGCAGCAUACUGAGCGGAUUCUGCCGCCUAAGAGAAGGGCUACUGGGGAUGAGACCGAGAAUCAAAUGGAGCAAGAAGGGCCAGUAAAGGUCCUAGAACAGCAGGCUACUUUUGACGAAUUCGUAGUCUGGGGCCAUGAAGAGUUGCCGGCGGCCGACGAUGCUUUCGUCAAGGGAGUCGAAGAAUGGUUGAAGAUGGCUGAAGCGGUGAACCACUGGUUCGUCACCACUUAUCCGGGCCUGGGAGGCAGGCUCAGCCUCAGUGAUCUGCUGUUAAGGCCCUGGCCGCUCGCAGGUGCAAUGAGCGAUACGGGCAACAUCGUUCGAGGCAACACCAACCGCUAG